AUGUUUAGAACAAUCAGUAAAUUUCGUCGUGCUACAUUUGUAAGCCUAGGAACGGUUACUACUGUUGGUCUAUCCUAUUACAUUUAUACGGAUCACUCCAAAAAACUUCGCUAUAAUUCUCAAUUUAUGAUGCCUCAAACAUAUGCUGAUGCAAAAAUUUCGCCCAUAACUCGAAAUAAUCCUCCGUUACAAGUUUUACCAUCACGUGCUGAAAUGAUAAAUAUUCUUAAACGUUCGGAUAAAAGCAAAGAUGAAGAAUUUGAUCUAUUAAUAAUUGGAGGUGGUGCAACAGGAACGGGUGCAGCUUUAGAUGCUGUAACAAGAGGAUUAAAAGUCGCGUUGGUUGAGCGUGACGAUUUCGCUUCAGGGACUUCUUCUCGGUCCACAAAACUUAUUCAUGGUGGUGUAAGAUAUCUUGAGAAAGCCAUUUAUCAAUUAGAUUAUGGACAAUAUAAAUUGGUUCGUGAAGCGUUACAUGAACGAGCUACGUUUUUAAAUAUUGCUCCAUAUUUAAGUCAUCAGUUGCCUAUAAUGUUACCUCUUUAUAGGUGGUGGGAAGUCCCAUAUUAUUGGGUUGGUCUGAAUGUAUACAAUUUCCUUGCCGGAAAAGAAGCUAUGGGAAAUUCUUAUUAUGUUAGUCGUGAAAAUGUACUUAAAGAAUUCCCCUGGUUAAAAAAAGAUAACCUUGUCGGUGCUAUUCAUAAUGACGCACGAAUGAAUGUUGCACUUGCUUUGACAGCAAUUUCUCAUGGUGCAACCGUAGCUAAUCAUGUAGAAGUAACUCAUUUAUUGAAAAACGAAAAUGGAAAAAUAAUUGGUGCUAGAGUUCGCGAUAAUUUAAAUGGUAAUGAAUGGGACAUUAAAUCAAAGGGUGUAAUAAAUGCUACUGGUGUAUUUGCAGAUAAUAUUAUUUCUUUGGACAAAAAAAAAGAAAAUAUGAUUAUACCAGCUUCUGGUGUUCAUAUCAUACUACCAAAUUAUUACAGUCUAGGUGGAAAAAUGGGAAUGUUAGAUAAAGCAACUUCAGAUGGUAGAGUUUUGUUUGUGCUUCCUUGGGAAGGGAAUACUCUUGUUGGUACUACUGAUUCUCCUUCGGAAGUAACAUUUAAUCCUAUACCUAAAGAAGAAGAAAUUAUGUGGGUUUUGAAUGAGUUUAAUAAAUUUUUGACUCCUGAAACAAAAGUUAGACGAAAUGAUGUUCUAGCUGCUUGGGCUGGAAUCCGCCCACUUGUCAUGGAUCCUGAAGCAAAAAAUACUUCAGCUUUGGUGCGAAGUCAUAUGAUCCAUGUUAAUGAUUCAGAUUUGAUUACUAUUACUGGUGGAAAAUGGACUACUUAUCGAAAUAUGGCUAAAGAAACUAUUGAUAAGGCUGUUGAAGUUUUUGAUUUGAAGCCGUUAAAUGAAUGUCAAACUGAAAAUAAGAAACUUAUAGGAUCUCAUGGAUAUUCCGAGACUAUGUUUAUUGAAUUGAUUCAACAAUUUGGACUGAAUACUGAAAUAGCACAACAUUUAGCUCAUGAUUAUGGUGAUAGAGCAUGGGACAUUGUAAAAUUGAUACACCAAGCAGGUAGUAAACAAUGGCCUGUUCCCAUACAAAGGAUAAAUUCGCAUUACCCAUAUAUCGAUGCUGAAAUUCGAUAUGCCAUACGACAAGAGUUUGCAUGUACUUUAGUAGAUGUGAUAGCAAGACGAACUCGUCUCGCAUUCUUAAAUCCACAAGCAACAUUGGAAUCUUUACCACAUAUAAUUGAAAUUAUGAAAGAUAAAUUGUAUCUUGCAAAUGCUAGCAAAUCACAGGUUAAAAAAUGA